AAAUGCUAUCCUUCUCUCUCUUAUUCCCACCAAAAUAAACUGAUUUCAUGCUCUUAGGAAAACAGAGCAAGUUCCAAAAACAAAAUCAAUGUCGCAAAACCACCAAGCUUUCACUCUUCAACUCCUCAACACUCCAUGGCUUCGAUCACACCCACCAAUCCAUAUCCUUUGUUCUCCACCUCUUCCUCUCCUCCGGAAUGCUCUCACUUGCCCAAUCUCUCCUCUUUCGACUUCUCUCCGGUCGAAUUUCUUCCUCAUUCUUCACUAUUUCAUCUCUUCUCAACCAUUUAACACAAACCCAUUUGGAUUUCAAGCCCCCCCAUGUUCUUCUCUACGAAUCCAUCGUCAAUACCCAUGUUCAGCUUCAGUUACUCGAACAAUCCCUCUUUUAUUUCACUGAAAUGAUCGAAAAAGGCCUCGUGCCCUCAUCGAAUUCUUUCAAUGGGUUUUUAGCUUGUCUUCUUAGGUCCAACAGUUUUCAAAAAGCUUGGCGGGUUUUUAAGGAUAUGAGGGGUAGGGUUGGAAUGGAUGUGUAUAGUUUUGGAAUAAUGAUAAAGGGUUGUUGCGAGAAUGGUGAUCUAAAUAGAGCUUUUGAGGUUCUAGCUCAAUUGGAGGAUCUGGGUUUGUGUCCAAACGUUGUGAUCUACGCUACUUUGAUUGAUGGGUGUUGUAAGAGCGGUGACAUUAAUAGAGCAAAGAAGUUGUUUAAUGAAAUGGGGGAGUUGGGUUUGGUUGCUAAUCAAUUUACUUAUACAGUUUUGAUCAAUGGGUUUUUCAAGAAAGGGUCUAAAAAAGAUGGGUUUGAGCUCUGGGAGAAGAUGAAGCUCGAUGGUGUUUCUCCUAACAUUUAUACUUACAAUUCUAUAAUGAGUGAGUAUUGUAACGAUGGCAAAGUGAGUGAUGCAUUUCAACUGUUUGAUGAAAUGCUUGAAAGAGGGCUGUGUAAUGUUGUGACAUGUAAUACUUUAGUUGGUGGGUUGUGUCGAGAGAUGAAGGUGUUGGAGGCUGAGAAGUUGGUGGGUCGGAUGGAGAGGGCUGGUUUGAGUCCAAAUAUAAUCACUUACAACACUCUACUAGACGGGUUUUGUAGUGUUGGGAAGCUAGACAAGGCUGGAAAUUUGUUCAAUGAAAUGAAGUCCAAUGGUUUGUCACCAUCUUUGAUUACCUAUAAUGUUCUAAUUGAAGGUUUCUCUAGAGUGGGAAAUCCAGCACAAGCUUCAAGCUUAAUUUUGGAGAUGGAGGAGAGAGGCAUUUCUCCAACAAAGACAACAUAUACAAUUCUAAUUGAUGCUUUUAUUCGAUGGGAUAACAUGGAAAAGGUGUUUGAAUUGUAUCACUCCAUGCAGAAGGCUGGUUUGGAGGCAGAUGUUUGCACCUAUGGUGUCUUGAUAAGUGGGUGGUGUAGAAAAGGUAAUAUGAAAGAAGCAUCAAGACUUUUUAGAUCAAUGAGUGAGGUGCGUUUGGAGCCAAACCAUGUAAUAUACAACGUGAUGAUUUAUGGAUACUGCAAAGAGGGUAACUCCUAUAGGGCCCUAAGACUGCUUAAAGAAAUGGGUGAGAAUGGAAUGGUUCCAAAUGUGGCAAGCUACAGUUUGACUACAGAAGUUCUUUGCAAGGAUGGAAAGUGGAAAGAGGCUGAAAUUUUUGUAAAUGAUAUGAUAGAUUCGGGUUUAAAACCGUCGGUGUCUAUCUAUAAUCUGAUUUCUAAAACUAAAUUUAUUGAUAAGUAGAUGUUUUGGAAACACUUUUAAGUAGAAUUGUAUAUAUAAGAAACACAGAAGAAAGUAAGAGACACAGAUGAUUUUUUUUUGAUCAGCGAGACACGGAUGAUAUUAGUGGCUGUCUUAGCAUGGAUACUCUUGAAAGUGGUUAGAACUGCUCCAUUUCUCGAGGUUCAUACGUAGUGAGAUGAUCAAGGAUGUUUGUACUCUUGGAGGUAGCACAUCAGCGAUUUUUUUUUACCGAGUUUAUUUGCCUUCAAAUGUUCACAAGUGAUGAGAAAUCUUAUGAAGAAGAGGAUGAGGUCGUUGUUCAUAGCAUUUCAGUUAUGAUUGUCGAGUUGUCAGGAAAAUGAGUGGUGAUUCCACCUAACUGAAGGCGUGAAAAUGUGUGUGUUGGGAGUACAAUGCUCUCAUUUUAGGUGACUCUGUUUUGUAAGCCAAGGGCUAUAUUUGUGUGGGUUUGAAUAACCGAUUUGUGUAACCGGGCCUUAGCCUUGGAAACUUGUAAACCCAUGAGGGUAUUUAUUUGUUUAUGUUAUUUUGAUUUGAAGUAAAUGUAUUAUCAUUUGGGCAUGAAAAUUAGGGUGCUACAAAAAAGAUCUGGCAACUAAUAAAGAACAAGAGGAUAACGAAGAUGGUGUAGAAAAAGACAAUGGGGGCAUCGCUAGAGCCAAGAUUCCACAAGCCCGGUUGAAAAAAAUCAGAGAACCAUGGAAGAAGUGUUUGAUAGUUAGACUAGUGAGGAAAAAUAUAGGGUGCGAACUCUUCAUGAUGAAAAUGACGCGAAUUUAGGGCCUCCAAGCUAAUUUUGAAGCAAUAGAUAUCGGCAACGGAUUUUUCAUUGUGAAAUUUGACAUGAUAUAGGAUUAUACUAAAGUCUUCACUGGGGGACCAUGGAUAGCCAUGGAUCACUAUGCGACGGUGAGGAAAUGGCAGCAAGAUUUCAAAUCAGACGACGCUGAAGAAGAUACCACAGCUCUAUGGGUGCGAUUUCCAAAUCUACCCAUAGAGUACUACAAUGAGAAAGCACUCUAUCAUAUUGCUGAGGCCCUGGGAGUUCCAUUAAAGAUUGACAUCAACACAAUUAUGGCAUCAAGGGGGAAAUACACGUCCCAGACUGACUUGGACAAAUAACAUAAAAGGUUGGGAAAAUGCUAUGGUAAGGUUGGAUAGAGCAAUGUGCAACACAGAAUGGAGGACCAACUUCCCUAAAGGUCUUGUUCAAAAUUUCCCUCGAACCUACUCAGAUCAUUCGUCUAUGAAGAUUUUCACCCAAGGAGCUACUCAAAGAUUAAUCUUCUAUGAAAUCUGCAAAAGAGAAAAACAACCCAGGAGUGUUUCAUAACAACCAAAAUUAAAAGGAAUUGAGCAUGAGGGACUCGUGUAGUAUUGCAACUCAACAUUUUCAAAGGUCCUGAAGAACGCAAUGAGGUUGAUAAUUCAGGUACUGGAAAUCUGCAAGUGCCUGACCAGACUCCUACUGUGAGAUCGCCAGCACAAGAACCUUCAGGCCCAACACGAUGUGGGAGACACCGGAGGCAGCUGGGAAUCGAUGCCGAAGAUUGGCUGCCACAUGGCUGGAAAAUGAUCACAAAAGUGCGGAAAUAUGGCAGAUCCGCUGGAAAUGUAGAUAAGUAUUAUUUGGGACCAGGAGACCGAUGCUGUAGGUCAAAGAAGGAAGUCCUACUAUACAUUAAUCAAAUGAACAGAGCUGCCGAGGUGAGCACUUCGGAGGAUUGAUCUAGAGAGGUGAAAUUCAAAUAUUCAACAUGGGAAUGGCGAAGCGCAAUGUUGCAUUUUUGUGGGGAACUCUCUAAUUAUUUUUCCCCCCCUCUUGUCGUCUCCUUGCAAUUCAAUAUCUGUCUAGAGAUUGCAUGUGCUUUGCAUUAUGACUAUAGCCUUCAUUUCCAAAUCUAUUUUUGUACUUUGAACAAUGGAGUUUAAGUGGUUUUUAUAUAUCUUUCCUUCUUAUCUUGAGGUCUAAGACCUCGAGUAAAUUAUUUCGUUCACAUUCAUUACCCAUUCUAUUUUUGUGCAUGUACACAAUGAUUUUUAACUGGUUUUAAUGUAUAUAUUUGCUUCUUAUUUUUAA